UCAAAUUUGUUUCUUUUGGGACAAAGUAAUAUCUGUAAAAACAAAUUUAGAUUUAGAAAGAAAAAAGAGAAAAAGGAUUAUGGGCUUCUUCAACUCCCGCUUUCUUCCAUCGUUCUAAUUGCAACAUUGGCCCCUCCGCGAUCUCUGAUUGCCGCCGUUUCAUUCACUUAUCUUCAAUUAGGUUAUUAUCAGUUAUCAUAUCUGCGGAGAACUGGAAAUUCUACCUACGAGAAUCUGAGGAACAGUGGGUUAUGGUUAAUCUUACAUCUCUUAUGAUCUCCAUUCGCCAAAACUCUCGAUUUGUCAAGAACCUGAGGAUCCAUAUUCGGAAUCUCUCGGUGGAAACGAAUGGAGGCAAUAAUGGGCGUGAAGAGAUUGAAUCGAGUGAGAAAUUGUUGAACCUUACUCAACGGAAAGACGUCAGUGAGAUUGCGGCAGAGGUUGGUAAGGUCAUUAGGAGCAAACCCAGAUGGGAACAGAGUCUGCUUUCUGAUUACCCUUCUUUCAAUUUCCACGACCCGUCUUUUUUUAGCGAGCUUUUGAAGCAGUUGAACAAUGUUUUUCUUUCGUUGAGGUUUUUUCUUUGGUUGAGUUCGCAGCCUGAGUUCUUGCCCCAUCCAGUCAGUUGCAAUAAGCUUUUUGAUGCUCUUUUGGAAGCCAAGGCUUGUGUUCCCGCUAAAUCUUUUCUGUAUUCUUUCGAAUUUAGUCCUGAGCCUGCUUCUUUGGAGAAUUACAUUCGAUGUGUUUGCGAGGGUGGAUUGGUUGAGGAAGCUGUUUAUACAUUUGAUAUGUUAAAAGAGGCUGGUUAUCGUCCAUACGUUGAGACUUGGAACUUUGCUUUUCAGAGUUGUCUUAAGUUUGGGAGGACUGAUCUUAUUUGGAAACUGUAUGAAGGGAUGAUGGAAACUGGUGUGCAGAAGGAUGUCGACAUUGAGACUGUGGGGUAUCUUAUCCAAGCAUUUUGCAACGAUAAUAAGGUCUCAAGAGCUUAUGAGAUUCUAAGACAGUCUUUAGAAGAUGGAUUGACCCCUUGUAAUGAUGCUUUCAACAAAUUGAUUUCUGGGUUUUGUAAGGAGAAGAAUCAUCAUAGAGUAUUAGAACUUGUUCACACAAUGAUAGUGAAGAACCGUAAUCCCGAUAUUUUUACCUACCAGGAAAUCAUUAACGGGUUCUGCAAAAAUUGGAUGACGCUGCAGGCAUUUGAGGUUUUUAAUGCCCUGAAGGAUCGAGGAUAUGCUCCUGAUAUGGUCAUGUAUACAACUUUGAUUCAUGGUUUCUGUAAGAUGGGCCAGCUUGAAGAUGCUAGUAAGCUGUGGUUUGAGAUGAUCGAUAAGGGAUUUCUUCCAAAUGAGUAUUCGUACAACACGUUGAUUUAUGGAUUUUGUAAGAUUGGAAAUUUGGAUGAGGCCAUGAAGCUAUAUAAGAAAAUGCUUGAUAGCGGUUAUAAGGAAACGACUCUGAGCUGCAACACAUUGAUUUUAGGUUUGUGUCUACACGGAAGGACAGAUGAAGCAUACGACUUCUUUCGAGAAAUGCCUUGCAAGAAUAUAGUGUGCGAUGUCAUUACAUACAAUACCCUGAUCCAAGGAUUUUGCAGAGAGGGGAAGGUAUUACAGAGCACAGACCUAUUGAAGGAACUGCAAGCGAAGGGGUUGCAGCCUUCGACUUCCUCUUAUGCUCAUCUCAUUCAAAAGCUUUGUCAAUUAGGUAGUGUACAAGAAGCAAAAGAAAUGUGGAAUGAUAUGCACAAUAGAGGUCUUCAGCCAAUGGUCUGCACUCGUGAUCACAUCAUUAGUGGAUUGUGUGAACAAGGAUAUGUGGUUGAGGGGAUGGAGUGGUUGAUAACUAUGUUGAAGAGCAAUCUCAAGCCUCAAAAGGAAACAUUUUAUAAGUUGAUUCAGAGUCUCAUUCAAAUAGGUAAAUUAGAUGAUUCUUUAUCAAUCAUAGGCUCAAUGUUUAGAGUUGGUUAUAAACUAGAAGAAGGCGCUCUCAGUCAUCUCUUAGAUAAACUAUGUGAAAACAAGUAUCAUUUUGUUGAAUCAAAAUUAGAGGAAAUUAUAAAUUCCAAUUAGUUGAAGAAUCUCUACAUAUUCCAAGGAGGCCAGUUUAAGAUGGUUGUACUCCUGACUAGAAGUGCGAGAUGGCCAUUUUUUUUGGGGUGGGGGGCGUAAAAAAUGAGUGUAUAAUCCAUCAAUUUUCCCCAUGCCCACUGAAAUUUGAAUAUAUUUUAAAUUGCUGAUGGAGCUCAUUGAAGAUGGAAGCAUGUCAGAAGGGAUCCUUUUAACCCUGAAAGCUGUUAUUCCACUGACUGAAUAGCCUCUGAUUCAUCUCGUCAGCUGGAAAAAUGAACUCGUCGACUUGAAAGAAUUUCGACAAGGAAACAGUGUUUAGAACCUAGUGAGAUGUCAAAGCUAUGUUAUUUUGUGCGUGGAGAAUGCUGUAGCCGAGUCAUGCAGUGGUUCUUAGGUUCAGGAGUCAAAUAUUUCAUACAUGAGAAGUUGAUAUGAAAACAAUUUUGCAGCUCAUUUUUUAGAUUUACUCCACUUCGUGGUUUUGAGUUAUUGCACGUAUGGGAUUAUAGAAUUUCCAUGGGAUGUAACUUAGCUUCAACUAUUCGUGCUGUGUUAUUGCUGAAUCAUGUUAAAUUUCACGCUAAGUUUAAUUCUCAUUCCAAAUGUUAAAAUCAGUAUUAGAUCAAUACAUCCCAUAUAAAGUCUGGUAUGUUCUAGUAAAAUUUUAUAAAA